AUGUCCGUAUCGACAGCCACUACUGUCACGUCAAUCACAGUCGCCAUAGUCAGCUUCGUCGUGUUCAAGAUGCUGUUUUCCAGAAAAGACCACUUUCCCAUUGACGGACUGACUGCGAUCGUCACGGGCGGAUCGCAAGGCCUAGGUCUCUCGCUGGCUCAACAGUUGGCAGCCAAGGGUGCCAACGUGGUGAUAGUGGCUCAAGACAAAGGGAAACUUGAAAGAGCCGUCAAAUCCAUCCAAGCAUGUGCAAAGCGGCCGGCGCAGCAAAGCUUCCUCGAUCUCUCCUUUGACCUGCGGUCGCCGGAUUCUGCGCCUGAGAUCCUCAAACAAGUGACGAGUUGGAACCAUGGACAUCCGCCGGACUUGAUAUUCUGCUGUGCUGGCAACUGUCAUCCUGGGUUCUUCGCGGAUGUGAGCAUCGAGACUCUACGAGGGCAGAUGGACACGAUCUACUGGUCGGCAGCGUACAUGGCACACGCAGCAUUGAAUUUGUGGAAGACGCCGGCAUCCUCGUACGGAGCAAACAAGACAUCACUCCCGUCCACCUCUACCUCCGCCUCUUCUCCUCCCACUCGUCAUAUCGUAUUCACGGCCAGCACGCUCGCUUUCUUCCCGAUCGCAGGCUAUUCGCCUUACUCGCCGGCAAAAGCGGCCAUGAGAGCUAUGGUUGACGGUCUGAACGAAGAGGUGGCCGUCUACAAUGGCGCCAGGCAAUCCAGCACAGGAGUACCAGCACCGGAUGCGGAUAUUGCAGUACACAUACUGUUUCCCAUGGGCAUUGUCACACCUGGUCUCGACAACGAGAACAGUAUCAAACCAGAAUUGACGGUGAUGCUGGAGAAGGACGACAAGCCGCAGCAGCCAGAUGAGGUGGCCAAAAUUCUUCUCGACCGACUCAAGGCGGGUGACUACAUGAUCACUACCAUGUUCUUGGGCCAUGUGAUGCGUGGACUCGGUAUGGGCGGCAGCGUGCGCAAGAAUAUCACGGACGUCUUCUGGAAUUGGCUGGGUUCUCUGGUUAUUCUUUUCGUUGCUCCAGACUUCGUUGCAAAGUGUAGACAAUGGGGCACGGAGAAGGGUAUGAAUUCCACGAGGCCGGCCAGGUAG